AUGCAAGCACAACCUUCGACAUCGAUCGGUUCCGAUCAGUUCCAAACUUCCCACGCUCGUUGGCGCGCCCUCACACACCGCACUCCUUCCUCCCACUCUUCCUUUCUCUACGGCGUCAAAUCUACCAAGAUCUACUGCCGCCCGACCUGUCCUGCACGCCUUGCUCGAAGAGCCAAUGUUGUCUUUUACGACACAGAAGACCAAGCGCGACGCGAUGGCCACCGGCCCUGCAAGAGAUGUCAACCGGAUAAUGCGAGCUUCGUUGGAGAGAGGGAGGAGGUUGUCACAAGGGUUCUAGCGCUUUUGCGGACUAAGCGGGAGGAUCAUGAUCUGACAGUGAAGCGAGGCUUGAAAGAGUUAGCACAAGAGGUCGGUGUAACGCCGAGUUAUCUUUGCCGUGUGUUCAAAAGGACGAUGGGGCUUACGCUAGGAGCGUACAUGAGAGAGUUUGAGAGGGAGGUAAGCGAAGGCAAGACAGAGAGGGAAGUUCAGUAUCCCACCACAGUUGGAUCUGGUAUGGUUGAUGCGGCGACGGGACUCUGGAUGUCAGAAACAACGGCAGCGAGUCCCAUGGCACCCGUUGAGGGUCCGAAGGAAGAGUUGGCAGAGCAGCAAGUGGGCAAUGUUGCAGAGGCUCUGGACUUGAACUUCGAUUUUGACGAGUGGUUCUGGACUGGAGGCUGCGUUCAAGAAGGCGCCAUGAAUGAUAACUUGAACGCAGACGCUCUGAAUCAUGGCGUGUACAGAUGGGAUAUAUAA